AUGCAGAAAUUCAAGGCAAAGCUCGAACAUUCAAUCGACCAUCUAGAGGGGUCUUUCAAAGAUACCCAUAUCCACGAUGUCAAAGCCGAAGCCACACAUUUCAAGCACAAGGUGGGCAAGUUCUUCAACAUAAUAAACCCCAAUCAUCGCCACGAUGAGGAGCAUGAGCAAGAAACAGAUCGAAAGCGUUCUGCGAUCGCAGAGUCGCACCGCUUUGAGUCAUUUGCGCCCGUCCAUGAUGGCAAUCGCGUCAAGUGGUAUGUCGACGCCAUGGAUUACAUGUGGGCGGUCUCCGAAGCGCUUGAAAAAGCGACCGAGACCAUUUACAUCGCCGAUUGGUGGCUGUCUCCGGAGCUGUUCAUGCGCCGCCCUCCUGUGGAUCACCAGGAAUGGCGAUUGGACCAGGUCCUGAAGCGACGCGCGGAGGCUGGUGUGAAGAUCUAUGUGAUUGUCUACAAAGAGGUCAACCAAGCCUUGACUUGCAAUUCGGCGCACACCAAGCAUGCGCUGCGAAACCUCUGCCCAGAGGGAACUCCGGGCUACGGCAACAUUCGAGUGAUGCGCCACCCCGAUCACAAUGUCUUUGAAAACGCAGCCGAUAUGACCCUUUACUGGGCCCAUCACGAGAAAUUCGUUGUCAUCGACUACGCUGUCGCAUUUAUUGGAGGUAUUGAUCUUUGCUUUGGACGGUGGGAUGUGAACCAGCACCCACUGGCAGACGUCCACCCAGCCGGUCUGCGGGACGACAUCUUCCCCGGACAGGAAUUUAACAAUAACCGAAUUAUGGACUUCCAGGGCGUGGAAGACUGGCAGAGCAACGAAGUUAGCAAGGCUGACUUCGGUCGUAUGCCCUGGCACGAUGUGGCUAUGGGAUUAAUGGGUGACUGCGUAUUUGAUAUUGCAGAGCACUUUGUCCUGCGCUGGAACUUUAUCAAGCGUGACAAAUACAAGCGUAAUCACGAUGUCGACUGGUUGAUUAUGGAGGGUCGCACCGAGGAUGAAGAUAUCAUCGCUGUGCAGAGACCCAAGUACCCAUGCGGUGACUACAUUCAGCACCCAUUGACUCCUCUCUUGUCUAAGCCCCGUGGGGAUGUGGGCACUGUGCGCGCUCAGAUCGUGCGAAGCAGUGAUGACUGGAGUAGUGGAAUUCUGAACGAGCACAGUAUCCAGAACGCUUACUGCGAGACAAUCCGCAACGCUCAGCACUUUGUGUACAUUGAAAACCAGUUUUUCAUCACCGCUACUGGCGACCAGCAGCGUCCAAUUGUUAACACGAUUGGCCGGGCUAUUGUCGAUGCGUGCGUGAAAGCAGGUAAGGAAGGCCGCAAGUUCCGCGUCAUUGUUGUCAUCCCUGCGAUUCCUGGUUUUGCUGGUGAUCUGCGUGAUAACGCCGCCACGGGAACCCGGGCUAUCAUGGACUAUCAGUACAAGUCGAUUUGUCGUGGCGAGCACUCAAUCUUUGGGCAAAUCGAGAAAGAGGGCGUUGACCCUCGUGAGCAUGUCUUCGUAUUCGCCCUGCGAGCAUACGACCGAAUCAACAAGACGCCCGCUCUGGAGGAACUCGAGAAGCAGGCGGAUGUAACAUACCAGGAUAUUCAGCGCGGUAUCGCCGAAUCUAUCAUGAGUGAAAGUGUGCAUCCGUCGAUCGGCAAAGAUGGUGACCGCAACGAGAAGGACUAUGCCGGCGACACAAGUCAAAAAGAAAUCACUCUGCAGAAACUGGAGAAGUUCGAAGAGAAGGUUGAGCAACGCAAGGCCAAGGAUGGCUUCCACAGCAAGGACACAGUGUCGCACUGCACUAUGUUAAACGGCGGUAAGCUGUCCGACGAAAACUGGGAGGGUGACCCCGAGGCCGAGAAGGGCAACUUUGUCCAGGAGGAGCUUUACGUGCAUGGCAAAGUGUGUAUUGUCGACGACCGCACGGUGAUUUGCGGCAGUGCCAACAUCAACGAUCGGUCGCAACUGGGAUCGCACGACAGCGAACUGGCCAUUGUCAUGGAAGAUCAAGACUUCAUCGACAGCACCAUGAACGGACAACCCUACCGAGCCGCCCGAUUGGCCGCAACCCUGCGGCGCCAACUCUGGCGCGAACACCUAGGCCUACUACCGGCGCAGGAAUACGACGCCACAGGACAUCCCAACGCGCGAUCGCCGGACGAAUGCUUAAACGAGAUCAUCCCAGGCGCCGAGGACGAGUUCGUGACGGAUCCGCUGAGCGACGGGGUCUGGAACACCUGGACGUCUCAGGCGAGUGGGAACACCGAGACGUAUCGGAUGCUGUUCCGCGCGGAUCCCGAUGAUAACAUCAAGACCUUUGAGGAUUAUGACAAUUUCCGACCGCGUGGCACGCAUAAAGAGGGCCACUUGUUCGAUCCGUAUAUGCCUGCCAAGGAUGUGCGUGAGAAGCUCGACCAGAUCAAGGGUCAUUUGGUAUGGUUACCAUUGGAUUUCCUGCGAGAUGCUGAAAUGGCAGAGCCUGGGUUGGCAGUGAAUCAGAUUACAGAGAGUAUCUACACCUAG